CCGCGCGUUUCUCAACCCUAGUAAAGCUCCUCCUGCGUCUGGUUUCUCGAUCUUCCUGUUUUGAGAAUUCAAAGCAUUUGUCAAGAUGCAGAACGAGGAAGGCCAAAACAUGGAUCUUUACAUCCCCAGGAAGUGUUCUGCUACUAAUAGGCUGAUCACUUCAAAGGACCACGCUUCUGUCCAGAUUAAUGUUGGGCAUUUGAAUGAGAAUGGCGAAUAUACUGGCCAAUUUAGUACCUUUGCACUUUGCGGUUUUGUCCGAGCUCAGGGAGAUGCUGACAGUGCACUUGAUCGUCUCUGGCAGAAGAAGAGGGUUGAGGUGCGACAACAUUAAAAGAGAUGAUUAUUUUUCAGGUUGGCUCUGCCAUAGAGCCGAGCCUGCUUGAGGUGGAAUAGGAACCAUUUUUGCGAUGACUCAAA